AUGGCAUUGUUCAUAGCAAGACAUAUCAACCAAAAGGAGGAAUUCAAGGAAAAUGUAGUUGUGGAGGGGGACGGAUAUGCUCGUCUUGUACAGGAGAACGCAUCCGCGCAUACGAGUUCCUACACUCGUCAAAAAUUUCAAGAAUGGAAUAUCCAGCUAUUGAACUGGCCUGCUGAGUCCCCAGAUUUGAAUCCUAUUGAAUUAGUAUGGGGUAACAUGAAGAGUUAUAUUAGACGUCGCGGCGUUCGUACAAUAAGCGAAUUGAAAUCUUCUAUCCUUGCAUAUUGGGAAAAAUUAACGCCGGAGACUUGUGAAAAAUACGCAGCUGGCAUUAAGAGACGUUUGCGAAGAGUUAUCAAGCGCAAUGGAGGAAAUAUCCUAGAAGGGCGUCAAACGGAAAGUGAUUUUGAAACGGACAAUCUCGAAUAG